AUGUCUGCAGCUGUUCGCAUACAAUGUCGCUGUGCUCGCUGCAGUCUGGACCUGCUAGGAUUCAAGUAUCAGUCAAAGCAGGUCUGUGUGAAGCAUCUAAAGCUCUACGGGCCAUACACUUCAGUUCCGGAGAGCUCGCAAACCCCUAAUUCAGCCCCAUUGCAGCCUACAACACACCACAACAUCGCUGAAACUGGAUCCAGUAGUGAACCUCGGCAGGCAGAACAUCGGAUUCCAGAGGAUGCGCAUUUGCCUGAGCCUGUACUCACUCAUGAUGACGGGGCUGUUCAUCCUGGCCCACAUGGUACUGAAGAUGACUUUGAGGGCUUUGACGACUUUCAGCCACAGGAUGUGGAACCAGACUCUCAGCCAUCUAGGAAUUCUUCUCGCUCGCCUUCUCCAUAUGUUGAUCCUCCACCUGCACCAGGGCUCGAACCCGAUGACUAUCACGAAGUGCUGCCACCAGACAUCGCCAUCCCAGGCUCAGAGCAUGACAAUGAUGACGAUGAACCCUCUGUCAUUAUUCCGGCCUUUAGUGAAGAGUCCUACAUUCGGAUGGCCUAUCUUCAUGCCGUCAUGGGUAACACCUAUCAAAAUCUCACAUGGAACGCCGCAACCGAGCAGCUGAACAACACAUUGGACUGUCUGUCGGUCCAAGCAGGCCAGCUACCCCUCAGGCCUCAACCUGCACGCACUCUGGCAACUGCUAGACGGCGCCUUGGCAUUGAUCCUGAUGCUUGGAUUAUUCAGUAUGCGAUUUGUCCGGUUUGCUGGAAGCACCAUACUCCGAGGGAACUGAAAGAGCUUGAGUCACCUGCCUGUACAGUUCUUGGUUGCUCCGGUUCACUUUAUCUUGAAUCACUCGACUCAAAGGGCAAAACUCGGCGGCAGGCAAUCAAAAUCAGUCCACAGUCAUUGCAUGACUUUCGCAAUGAUCAGCCUGGGCACAAUCGCGAUGAAGACUUCGUGAUGGAGGACAUCUAUGACAGUGAUAUGCUCUUUAGGCUGACAACUGGGACAAUCAGAGAAAUUAACUCUGCCGGUACCGUUCGUGAUCGUCCUCGAGAAGACGGUCAAGAACCAGUGAAGCUUACAAGCCAUCGCUACGGACUAGCUCUUUCUAUGAACCUCGACUGGUUUGGCUUACUCUCUGGCCGUCCUCACUCGACUGGCCCAAUAUACCUCGCCCUCAAUAAUCUUCCGCGCGACCAACGGUAUUUUCAACUUAACGUAAUUUGCCUUGCAGUACUUCCAGGUCCAGGCGAGCCUAAUCAGCAACAGCUUAACCAUGCACUUGAGCCCGGUAUUAAGGAAAUGAUUGAACUACACAAAGGCAUUGAAAUGAGUGUGCACGAUGAUGAUGCAGCCACGGUGUAUGCCGACUUCCUCUGUGAUAACUGCGACACGCCCGCGGCACGCAAGGUCAGCGGCACAGCAUCGCAUAACCACGAUUUUCAUCCUUGCUUGUACUGCGGGAUCAAUAUACUGGAUAUCAACAAGUCCAGUGGCUACGACAACAGUCGACCGGAGAAGGAUGACUACAAAUUGCUCAAGCAUGCAUUCUCUGCGAGAGGAGUGAGCAUUCGCCGGGAAAGUGCCAUAUUGUGCAACCAUGGCGUGCGCUGGAGCAUCAUGAAUCUGCUCGCAGGCUGGCUACCAUCCUCGCAGACUGUCUUGGACUUCAUGCAUGCAGUCUUCUUAGGAAUUAUCGCACAUCUAUAUCUUGACCUUCUCUUCAAGGGUUACAUGUUCUCCGGUAUCGGAGGUGAUGAUUCCCCCAAACAGAAGUUUGAGGACACGGUGAACUCAGUGCGAUGGCCGAGUCAUGUCACUCGGCUUCCAAAGAACCUUGGCGAGAAUCAAUCAUUGAAGAAGGCUGACAAAUGGCGCCGGCUUCUCACCAUCAUGCCAAUCCUACUCUGGGUGUGCUGGAAAGAUGAACAUGACCGCAUACCAAAUGUCACCCCACCUAUUCCUCCAAAUGCGAAGACACGACCUACACAUUCUCGUAAUUGCAAGAGCAUCUACUUCACGAUUCUUCUUCUUUGCGCAGGCAUCUGUAUACUGGCCUCGUGCAAGAUCUCUAUGUCGCAGGCUCAAAUUGGUCAAGACUUCCUGACACAGUACAACCGCAAGAUGCAGGAGCUCGGUGUUGACCUUACAAUCAACAACCAUCUGUCGACUCACUUCGCAAAAUUCAUCAAAUUAUUUGGGCCUGUCUACGGUUGGUGGCUCUUUGCCUUUGAACGGUUUAAUGGAAUGUUUGAGCGAGUAAAUACUAACGGUCAUGACGGGGGACGCAUGGAGCUAACUCUCAUGCGGCACUGGAUACAGUGCCAUCUCAUCUACGAGUAUCUCCUGGCACUACCUCCCGAAGCUCAUUCGAAAGAACGCGAGUACGUCGAGAGAGUAAUCAAGUCAGAAGGGCGCAGUCAGCGAGGUGGAAUGAUGACGGAACUUGCCAUCUAUCGCAGUGAGGCUACAACAGAUCGCGUCAAACUCCCCCGUGUGCUUGGGAAGCCUAUCAAUCUUCGUAAAUUCCUGGUGCCUGGGGCUGGAGGAAUAUACCGCCUUGCUCUCAAGUACUCCCAACUGCUAUAUCCCGAACUCCAUCUCAUCGACGAUCUGUCGCUAGAGGAUGAAGUUGCUUUCAUUGCAUCUCGAGUCGUGCGACCUCUCACAUACAUUCGGAAAGAUGGGAUACGCUACGGAUCGACCUCUAACAAGCGCACAAAAGCUGAUCGAUACGUCUUCAUCAUAGAUCCUAGUGGAGAGUCAGGUGAGCGUGUACCUGUGGAGAUCGCAGCACUACUAGGCAUCAAGGUUGCGGAGAAAUCGCCGCAUGUAUGCGCUGUCAUCCGCCGCAUGGUCUCUGAUGAGAAUAUUCCAACAUUCCCAUGGCAAACUUAG